UCAAGGAGAAAAAGCAGGAGUCCUUUUUCUUUUUAAGCAUCCCUUCGGCCCUCCUCUCAUUAUAUGAGAAAGCUUCGACCUUUGAACCUGCAACUUCAGCUCUCUGUCUCUCUUGAUUUUUUCCCUCUUUAAGGUACCAUUUGGAGGGUCUGUUAGAAUGGGAAGUGCUGGCAACUAUGGUGAGUACACUUAUGAGAAUUUGGAGCGGGAGCCUUAUUGGCCUUCUGAAAAGCUCCGAAUUUCAAUAACUGGUGCUGGUGGGUUCAUUGCAUCACAUAUUGCUAGGAGGUUGAAGAACGAGGGACACUACAUCAUUGCUUCAGAUUGGAAGAAGAACGAGCACAUGACGGAGGAUAUGUUCUGUCAGGAGUUCCAUCUUGUCGAUCUGAGGGUCAUGGACAAUUGCCUGAAAGUUACCAAUGGCGUCGAUCACGUGUUCAAUCUUGCUGCUGAUAUGGGAGGGAUGGGCUUUAUACAAUCGAAUCAUUCGGUUAUAAUGUACAACAAUACGAUGAUAAGUUUCAAUAUGCUUGAAGCUGCGAGGAUCAAUGGUGUGAAGAGGUUUUUCUAUGCUUCUAGUGCUUGCAUAUACCCCGAGUUCAAGCAGUUGGAAACGAAUGUGAGCUUGAAGGAGUCUGAUGCUUGGCCUGCGGAGCCUCAAGAUGCUUACGGCUUGGAGAAGCUUGCGACGGAGGAGCUGUGCAAGCACUACACCAAAGACUUCGGAAUCGAGUGCCGGAUCGGGCGGUUCCAUAACAUUUAUGGUCCAUUUGGAACAUGGAAAGGUGGGAGAGAGAAGGCCCCGGCUGCUUUCUGUAGAAAGGCUAUUACUUCCACCGAGAAGUUUGAGAUGUGGGGAGAUGGACUGCAAACUCGAUCCUUCACUUUCAUUGAUGAAUGUGUGGAAGGUGUCCUGAGAUUGACAAAGUCGGACUUUCGGGAGCCAGUGAACAUCGGCAGCGAUGAAAUGGUCAGCAUGAACGAGAUGGCCGGAAUGGUACUCAGCUUUGAGGACAAGAAGCUUCCCAUUCAUCACAUCCCUGGCCCAGAGGGCGUGCGUGGCCGCAACUCUGACAACACUCUGAUAAAAGAGAAGCUGGGAUGGGCCCCAACAAUGAGAUUGAAGGACGGGUUGAGGAUCACAUACUUCUGGAUCAAGGAACAGAUUGAGAAGGAGAAAACGCAGGGCAUCGACUUGUCGGUUUAUGGCUCAUCCAAAGUGGUCGGCACCCAAGCACCUGUUCAACUAGGUUCACUUCGUGCCGCUGAUGGAAAAGAAUGAACUGGGGUUCUAAAGCAUUGCUGAUAGGCUGGGGUGAUCGCUGCCAUAUCAUGUUGGAGGAAGCUAGAGAUGGAUUUUGGGAACGGGCAGUGAUUCAAAAUGCUAUCAAGCACCUGGGUAUUUUCCAUUUAUAUAUUCGAUUAGAUAAAAGGCAUGCAUUUUACUCCAUUUGUUGUUGUAGUUUCUCUUUGUAGAGGGCAUCUAUUGCAGGAUGAUAUGAUCAUCGACUGAUAUUUUGUUUCUAUUGGAAGCGAUAAUGAAUGGUAUUCGUAUUUAAGA